AUGACAGAGAAGUUAGCUGAUAACGUGAUAAGCAUACAGAGAUUGAAUAAAGGAGCUAGGUAUAGAGCUUCUAAUCGGGGAGCUGAGGCUGCUACUAGCAGCAUUGUUGAUGACUAUAUAGCAUCAAGUCUUGAUGUUGAUCCAGACGAUCAUAAUGAGAAGAUUAAAAGCUAUGAAAUUGAUGUGUUGCGGUCAUUGGAUGAUGAGACACUAGAUUUGUUUGAGGAGCUAGAAACUGACUAUCAGUGGUCGAAUGAUGCUAAUUACUCUAAUUCGAAGAAGUCAAUUGAGACUUACAAAGGUGAAGAUGGAUAUGUUGAUGAUAGUUCCAUUGGUCAAGGGUAUGAUCAUUCGGAGAAUGAUACGUUUACUGAUUCUAUAUUCUCCAAGGAAGACGUGGAAACUUUUGGAUAUGUGCUAGACAGAAUAGAGAAUUUUGAAUGUGACAAAGAGCUAGGGGAUGCAGUUGCAGUUGUAGAUGAUGAAUAUGAGGAGCUUAGAAGGUUGGAGUUGGAAUCCAAAGGUUUAUACUCAGAUAAUCAAUUUUACACAGGGAAUGGAGAGGGAGCUCUUAUAAGCUCAAGUGGAUCAGAUUCAGAUUCUAGCUCUGAUGAAAAUUCACAACCAAGAAGGGAAUUUGAUGUUAAACAAAAGUUCAAUCUUCUGCGUAAUCGACUGGCAAAAGGAAUAAAUAAGAUAGUUAAAGAUGAUCCGAAGAUUGAUUUUGAUGGACAAGAAUGGGCAGCUAAUUAUGAGGUUUAUCGUAAUGGUAUUUUAAAAGAUGGUGAAGAGGUAAAACAAUUAGGACAAGAACAAGGAAAAGGACAGACUAUUUUUCAAGGGCCUUUUGUCAAAAAAGUCCAAUGGGAUUUGCUAUCAAGAAAUAAUACCUUAAGACCCAUCAAUUCAGCUUUAAAAGGACAAAAAGUUAGAGAAACAUCAGAACUGAAGACUCUGUUACCAUAUAGACUUGUCCCAUAUCCUGAGAAAAAGAUCCUUAGACUUGAAUCUCGAUAUGAUAAAAAGAAGAAACAUAACUCAAAGGUUAGAGACUCGGAUAAAUUAACGUCAAAAAAUGACCCUGAACUUUAUACAUUUACGGAAGAAAUGAUGGCGGAUAAAUCAUUUGAAGAGAUUUUAGAAAUUAGAAUAACUAUUGCACAAUAUCACAAAAAUUACAAUGCCAUUACUUUAAGCAGAAGGGGAAUUGCUAAGAAACAGGAGAUAGGUCUGAGAUCUCAAAAUGGCAAAAACACUAAACUUCAUACAGAACAAAGAUUAAGUGAUAUGAAAUUAGAAAAUGAUGUUGUUGCUCCAUAUGAAUCUACAGAAGGUUGCACUGAGGUAAGUUCAGAUUCAAGUGAAGAAUCUUCUGAAAACCAAAACCCACAAGAGAAUAAUGUUCAAUCAGGUUUACAAAAUCAAGGAAAAUCACUAGACAAACGUUAUCAAUUCUCCAAUGACGGAUACAUAUUCCCAUUAGAACAUCCUCCAGGGCUAUAUUCAUCUAAAAAACAAAGUAAAAUACAACAACAAAACCAACAGAGAAGAAGAAAAGCACCACCAAGACACACUCAAUUGAGAGUGGUUAACCCUAGUCCAAUAGAUGUCAUUCCUCCAGAUGAAUGUGGUUACUUCAGGGAUCAAUCAAAGGAUUAUAAUAGAGUACCUCAUAGUCCUUUGCCAAAAGAAUUUAAGCAAUAG